AUGUAUCGAGCUAAGCAGAGAGGCUGGGUGGAGCUAGACUUGCUUCUUGGAGCCUACUGUGACCAGGCGGUCCCCACUAUGUCUCCCGGGGAAGUGGAGGAACUGGAGCAGAUUUUGGCAGCGGAGAACGUGGUUUUGUACGACUGCUUGAUCGGGAAAGACUGGAAACGUGCGCCGGCGCCGGCGCAGUUUGCCGAGUUGUCGCAGUGGAAGAAACUCAGCGCCUUCGUGGAGGCGCGGCUGCCGCAGCCGAACGAAGAAACUCCAUAA